GCCUCUCCCAUCAUGAGAGGUCCGACCUAACCUAUUAUGCGUUAACAUUACAAGUUAGCGCGAUAUUCGUAAUCGUAAUUCGUAAACACAAAACAUAAUUUUUUGUUGCCGACGCCGUUGAAUUUACGCUGUAAUAUUUCGUCCUAAGGAAUUACUCUAAAAUGGACGACCAGAGCAUCACGUUAGAUGUUAACCCUAAAGCAUAUCCUUUGGCUGACCAACAGAUGACCACAAAAAUUUUGAACUUGGUUCAACAAGCAAUGAACUAUAAACAAUUACGUAAAGGAGCAAACGAAGCCACUAAAACAUUAAACAGAGGUAUUUCUGAAUUCAUCGUCUGUGCUGCAGAUGCAGAACCUUUAGAAAUUUUAUUACACUUGCCAUUGUUAUGUGAAGACAAAAAUGUGCCAUAUGUUUUUAUUAGAUCAAAACAAGCAUUAGGCCGAGCAUGCGGUGUUUCAAGGCCAGUCAUAGCGUGUUCUAUUACCACUGAUGAAGGUUCACAAUUGCGGCCACAAAUACAACAAGUUCAGACUGAAAUUGAAAGACUAUUGGUUUAAUUUUGUACACAUUUUUACAUUUAUAAUACUGAAUUGGAAAUAAUAAUAAUACUACAUCAUUCAAAUGUUUAAAGUAUGUUAUUAUUUUGUAAUAAUUACAUUUAUUAAUAUGAUAUAUUAAAUAAAUACAUUUCCUUCAAGUAGA